GGGUAGAAGCAUAGAGGGGGCUUUUAUUUUGACACUGGUGUUUUGAUUGAUCUCGGCUUCACCCGCUAUAUAGUCUCGCGCAGGGAGAACGAAGUAUCGUUUGAUCUCGUGGGGGCAAAUCUGAGCUCGGCGUCGGGAAGAUCCGUGAAGCUGUAUGUUGCUAAUGUGCAUGUUAAACUUUUGGGGAAGACCAUAGGAACGUGACUGAGCCUGCUGGCGCCGUGUGUGUGCGAGAAGCCCACAUUUACACAGACCGUUGAUCAUCUCCACCUGCUCCCUGGCUGACUGAGGCUCUACGUAGCAACCGACGGGCUCUCAGACUGGCUGAGAAACGAUGGAAGAAGUCAAGACUCACUGCCGACCUUCUUUCCUAUCAAACUCUUCUGUCCAAGUUCUCUAAAGAGCAGUGCUAUUUGGACCAGAGUGUCUUGAACAUUUCCUCCACCUUCUCUUCUGCUGUAUAUAAGGAGGUGAUCCAUCAGUCCAGCCUUACCUUCAGCCAGAGAAGAUCUCCACAGAGUUCUUCACCACCUCAGCAGGAGAACCCCUCCACAAGAUCAUCCACCAGAGGACAAGAACGACAUAUUCUUUACAGCAGAUAUUUCACUCAAACCACUAAAGCUCAAAAUGACUCAAGCUAUCACUGAACUUCAAGUCUCUACCAACAUGAAGAAAGAAGAAGAUCUUAAAAAACAAGGUUUCACCAAAGUUGAUGGUAACCUCAACAGUGGUACUACAGGGCCUGAGGUGUUCCUGUGGUACAAAAAAGGGGGCGUGAAAUCUGUCACCAGAAUCCAGUGCUCCUACAGGAAUGAGAUGAAUGAUGGUCUUGGUGCUGCUGGUUUCCAAAAGAUAAAGGAGAACAUCAAUAUAGGCACCGAAGGUGAUGCCAUAUUCCUGUGGUACAUGACUGGCACCACCACGUCUGACAUCGCCAUCAUGGAUCUGAAGGUGACCACACUACUGGCAGAGGAGCCGAGACAGUUCAGCGCUGGCUGGGAGCGCCUGGGUCUCGAUCUGAACCACAACACUGGUGGAAAUCCAGUUUACCUCUGGGUGAAGAGAGAUACCACGACCUACAUCAGCAACAUUACAGCCUCGCUGAGUUUCUCUGAAGAUAAAACCCUCUUUGACCAUGGAUACAUCCGUGUGGAUGAAGACACCAACCGUGGAGCAAGCCCAAGUUUGGCCGUGUUUCUCUGGUACCGCCGUUGCAAGUAUCCAGACGUUUCCAUCACUGACAUCGAUGUUUCUAUCAGUGAAGAACAGGAGGGCAGCCUGCUGAAGAAGGGCUACUUGAAGGUCAAUAAAGACCUCAAUGCUGGCACCAAUGGAGACUCUGUGUAUCUGUGGUACAAGCACAGCGAAAAUCCUGCCAUCCAGUUCCUCACCGUGUUAGUCGGUAAUGAUGCUCUGCAGGCUUAUAAAAGUGCUAAAACCUGCAAGGUUGUGGAGAAAAACCUGAAUAAUGGCAAUAAUGGAGUUCCUCUUUAUGUGGCCUAUAAGUGAGAGCCCGAGCCUCAGGCUCUGUAUCACCCUCAGUAAUCAAGUCUUUAUCCUUUGCUUUAGAUGCUCUCACUGUAGCAGUUAAUGAGAUAUCCUGAAAGGCUGAUCAGCGUCUGUGCUGACUGUCCAGCCUUUAUUAAAGAUCUAAAUUGAGAGAAUCUUGUACUGAUUUAAUAAAAUCACAAUCAUACAGAGAUUUAUUAUCAGCAAACGCCAUGUUUAAAGAUUGUAUCUGUUUUAAUGGAUAAUCUAAAGAUUGUAUAAUCCAACGCUGUGUUCGGCUCCAUCUCUGGAUUUCUGUCCUUUCUCUGAUUAAAGCACCAU